GUAUGAAACUUUUGCUACAAAAAAUAAUUAUGUGCAAUCAUUUUGUAUUUACGAACAGUUAUUUGCAAAAUAAAUAAAUUAAAGACGUUAUAAUAAAACACAACCUCUUUUUAUCUGUAAUCUACAAGAAGUAUAAACUGAAGAUUUAGAACUUCACGAAUAUUCUAAUAAAAAUCACCAUAUUAGGUCAUACAAUAUCUUGGCCCAUCCUUCGAACUAUUAUAAAAGCCAUCUCGAACCCUCCAUUUUCUCCUCAUUCCAAUUCACACACACCAAAGUCCCUUUGGAAGCAAAAAGAGGAAUUUAACAAUGAGUUCAAGAACCACAAGCUCUUUAGCCAUUUUCUUGAUUCUCAACAUCCUCUUCUUCACAACAAUCUCAGCCUGCGGUAACUGCGGUUGCCCUUCUCCCAAGCCAAAACCUAACCCUGAACCUAAACCAACCCCAAGCCCUAGCCCUGCCACAGCCAAAUGCCCUAGAGACGCCCUUAAGCUUGGAGUCUGCGCCAACGUUCUCAACGGUCUACUCAACGUUACCCUUGGCCAACCACCGGUCGAGCCAUGUUGCACGCUUAUAAAAGGACUGGCUGAUCUUGAGGCUGCUGCUUGUCUUUGCACCGCGCUCAAGGCUAAUAUCCUUGGGAACAACUUGAACAUCCCGAUAUCUCUCAGUCUGCUGCUCAAUGUUUGUAGCAAAAAGGUUCCCCCUGGCUUCCAAUGCUAAUCAAGAUUCUUAUCAUAUACAACCAUCACACUUCAUGUAACAUACAUAUCGUCUUGGUUUCUAGUGUUUUGUGUGCGUGUGUGUUUAUUUAUGUAUGUGUGUAUGUGAUUCCUACAACUCUAAAGUUCACAGUUAUUUUUAUUUUGGUUUCUUAUACGGUCAAUUGUGGUGGUGUUGUAUCAUUUCUUGUUGUAUGAAUUAAUAAAUCUUCUGUUUUAAUAA